GCCCAAAGCCCCACCUGCCCCGUGGUCCCACUUUUCUGGCUUUCAUUGAUGUCCUGCCUCAGUGCCGCCCGCCUGCCUGCUUGCCUGAUUUAACACCCCUCACUCAUAAACAAAACAUUCCAUUUGUAGCGCCCUUUGGGGCCACCCAUGAAUCUUGAUUCAUUUUGGAUUCUUUUGUUUUUGGGGGCAUCUGGGAACGUCGAAGCACUCUCACACUUGCCCGAGACGGGAUGGCCACAACAGCUACGUCUGAUGUGGGGCCUGGAGCUGGAGCUCCCUUCUCAUCCAUCAUCACGACGGUCCGACGCUCGCUGACGUCUCUCGCCAACAAGGGAAAACAGCACACCAGAAAGCCCGAGGAUGGACAUGCUCAAAUCACUCGUCUCAUCGCCAUCCAACCCAAACCAAACUCUCCCCCUCACCCUCCAGAUAGUCAAGCAUCGGCCGGCAAAGACAGUCAUGAGAAACCUCCGCUCCACCUGCUGGCCCUGCCCACUGAGCUGCUGAACAACAUUCUGCGCCAUCUGAACUUUGUGUCUAUCCUGGAGCUCCGAAAGACAUGUCGCUUUUUCCACACCCUCGCUUCACCUCCCCAGCUGCGCAUCCUCUUUGGCCGCGAGCAACUGACGACCCUCCUCCUUCAGCAUUGCAAGACGUGCCUGGUGCAUGACCCCUUCCGCUCUAACCUGCUCUCUUGUAGUCACGAGGAUGAGGGGUGGCCUUUGGCAUCCCAGUGCGUCGACUGCGCCUUGGUGGCCAACGAUGAGAGAUUAAAGAUUGGGAAGAGGGUGAAAUUGGGCACCGAGGACGUGGUUCAGAUAUGCCGUUGGUGUGGAAGACCGAUACGGAAUCACGAAGGCGUGGCCGGGCCUCCCGAUCCAAACAGUCCAGGAACCAGGAGAGAUGGCCGUCCUUUUCACAAGGGCAACUGUUAUCGUAGCUACAACAACAGCCUCUUGUUUUUCUUCAUACUGGGCUGGGUUCAACUAACCCUCGGCAUCACGGGAGCCGGGCUGAGCUGGCGGUACUGGAGAGGGGCAGUCAUGGUUUUUGCACCGUCCGUCACGUCGUUUAUGCUGCUGUGGAUCGUCAUGGGCUUCCUGUUUUUCCGAGGCAGCAGGAAGCGGGCAUACCGAUACACCCUCUUGUUGGAGCUUGCCAUCUUGGGGUGCUGGAUCCCGCCCGUUUACUACAUCAGCAUGCAGAUCGUGAACCACCCAGAGAGGGACGUUGAUGCAGCAAUGCAGGCGGCGCUGGCCUUGUUUGGGUUGAACUUAGUGUUUCGAUUAUUCAACGUCAUGGGCAAUGUCGUGAUUGUGUUUUCGACCCCAGAUCUGACACCAAGAAAAAAGCCAAACGCUGGAUUGUUCAAAAGAGCCAUUUAUAAGCUCAUGCUGUGGUCGGUUGCGUGGACAUACCCUCCAAGUGUGGAGCAUAGGCUUUCAUCUGAGUGAUAUGAAGCCAACGGAUCGAAAUGUUUUCAUGACGAGCAUGAAUAUGAAACCCCCAUGGAUGGGACAGCUAUUUCUAUAAGAAUAUAAUUAUGCUUCCGGCCUUUGAACCUAUCACCCCA